AUGCAGCACCAUCAUCAGCUACCAGGCUGGCAGAGCCCGGAGUACCGAUGCGUCCAAGGCGAGGAGUCCGUUUUCUUAAGCGACAGUUCAGAACCUAUGCACACUUCUCACGACGACGAGCUGCCGAACAUCGACACUUCCGUGCACGAUAUACCACUCGGAUCGUAUGACGCAGAUGAUAUUGGGCCGGGACUGAUCAGCGUCUGCAACGCAUUCUACGACGCCAUGAAGGAGCAAGACUGGACCAAGUACCAUCAGCUGUGGCAUGACAAGGUUUAUUGCAGCUUCUACGAUCAGGACUUCCAGUCGGGUCGAGACAGCUCAUACACGGAGCAGUUGCAGAUUCAUUCGGAGUUGAGCGACAGUGAAGUUUUUGAGACCAAGGCGGACGUGAAUGAUGCUGUUGAACGUGUUCAAAUGGAGGAAGUUUAG